ACCAUCUCCUCCUCCUCCAGCAGCAGCAGAAGGAGGAGGAGGAGGAGCAGCAUCACGGUCCUCCUCUUGCUCUUCCUCAUCUCCUUCCUGCUUCUCCUGCUUCGCCUCCUCCUCCUCAUCUUCAUCUUCCUGCUUCUCCUCCUCCUCCUCCUCCUCCUCCUUCUUCUUCUUCUUCCUCGUCUCCUAAUGAGCCGAGCUCCUCUCACCCCCUCCCCCUCCCCCUCCAUCCUCCUACCGCCUCGGCCACCACCUCCUCCUCCUCCUCCUCCACCCCUGCCACGUCAGGCUCCACCACUACCACCUCCACCUCGACCUCCACCUCCACCUCGACCUCCACCUCGACCUCCACCUCGACCUCCACCUCGUCCUCGACCUCGACCUCGACCUCGAGCCUGAAGCGCAGGGGAUUCCUACACAAGUUCUCGCUGCGGGCGGCCUGGCCCUCGAGGAAGAGCAAGGCCAAGAGCGACAAGAGCAAGGCGGCGGAGCCCACCAACCCCCCUCCCCCUCCUUCCCCCGCCGGCGUCGUGGGCGUGGGCGUGGGCGGCAGGAAGCACGCCCACGCCCUUGGCCACCCGAGGCCCGUGGAGACGUACGGGAGGCUGAGGGAGGAGGAGGAGGAAGAGGAGGAGGAGGAGGAAGAAGAGGAGGAGGAGAAGGAAGAGGAGGAGGAGGAAAUGGAGGAAGAAGAGGAGGAAGAGGAGGAGGAGGAAGGAAGAGUGCGGGCGGGAAGGCCUGUGCUUGUGGGAGGGCCGCAGAGAGGACACGGAGAAGGAAGAGAAGGAAGAAGAGGAGGAAGAGGGAGAGAAGGAGGAGAUGGAAGAGGAGGAAGAGAAGGACGAGGAGGAGGAGGAGGAGGAGGAGGAGGAGGGAGAAGAGGAGGCGUGCAGUCGUCCUCCUCCUCGUCGUCGUCCUCAUCCUCGUCCUUCUCCUACUCCUCCCCGCCCCCCGCUGCCGAGCCUCCCCCCUCCUCCCUCCCCCUGGCUCCCCCCCAUGGCUCCUCCUCCUCCUCCUCCUCCUCCUCUUCUUCUUCUUCCUCUUCUUCCUCCUCUUCCUCCUCCUCUUCCUCCUCGCUCUCCGCCCCCCCUCCGGCCUCCGAGCUCCCCGCGGGCGCCUCGAGGCCCAGCGCCCGGGGCGUGGGCGCCGUCGGCCCCCAGGCCCUCAGGGCCCCCCCCUCCCCCCGCCCGCCCCCGCCCCCUUCGCGCGGGACGGCCGAGGGCUGCGCCCCGGGGCCCGGCGGGGGGGGCGGGGGGGAAGGGGCGCUCCUCGGGGCCCAGGAGGACGUGCCCUUGCCGCCCGUGCCCGAGGGAGCGGUCCUCAAGGCGGGCGGCGCGAGGGGGGCGGGGGCGCUGCUCCUCGAGGGCGACGCAGCCAGGGCGUCCAAGUGGGACUCGAGGCCCGACUUCGCCCAGUACGCGUCCUCCUCCUCGUCGUCGUCGUCGUCGUCGUCGUCGUCCAGCUCGUCCUCGGGCUUCCCGUCGUCCCCCUACAAGGCCGGCCUGCGCAGGGACGUGGGAGGAGCCGCAGGAGCCGCCGCAGGAGGAGCCGCCGCCGCAGCCCCCGCCCCCCCGGCCAGCCUGCCGCUGACGCACGACCUGCUGCCGCCGGCGGACUGCGGGCCGCUGGGCGCGGGCGGCCGCCAGUCGCCGGCGCCCAGCGAGGUGAGCAAGACGGAGUCCGCGCUGUCGCCGCCCUCGCACGCCUCCGACGUGUCCAAGAGCGAGUCGGCGCGCCAGCUGAGCGUGGGCAGGGGCAGCGUGGGCAGGGGCAGCGUGGGCAGGGGCAGCGUGGGCAGGGGCAGCGUGGGCGACGCCGGCAGCUGCAGGGAGGGCUCCUCGGCCGCGUCCUCUUCCUCCCUCGACUACACGCCCACGCUCUUGCCCUCCAUCAGGAAGCAGCUCAGCGUCAGGACCGCCAACAUCGUCGGCAUCUCGUGCGAGCAGAAGGCGGCGCUCGGGGGGGGCGGAGGAGCUGCACUCGCGGCGCCGGCGGCCAAGAUGACCGAGGCCGCCGUCCGGGGGAUCCCCACCCCCCCCUCGACCUCGGCCUGCGAGAGGGGCGGCGAGGGGCGCGGGGGGGAGAGAGCCAGGGGCCAGAGCGAGAGGGACAGACCCCAAGGCGAGAGGGAGAAAGACCGGACGAGACGAGGAGGAGGAGGAGGGGAAGAGAGGCGAGGAGGAGGAGGAGGAGGAGGGGAAGAGAGGCGAGGAGGAGGAGGAGGAGGGGAAGAGAGGCGAGGAGGAGGAGGAGGAGGGGAAGAGAGGCGAGGAGGAGGAGGAGGAGGCGAGGAGAGGCCCUGGUACGAAGUCUCCGACGAGGAAGACGAGGACAUCCUCCUUCCCGACCGGCUCGUGGGCAAGGGGGGGGGGACAAGGCUCUGCUGUUCGUCCUCCUCCUCCUCCUCUUCUUCCUCCUCCUCCUUGCCGUCCGAUGCUGCGGCAUCCUCCUCCUCCUCCUCCACUUCGCCCUCGGCCAGCUCGGAGGACGAGGCAGAGGUCUAAUAGAGAGAAGAGAGAGAGAGAGAAGGGAGAGAGGAAGAAAGGAGGAAGAGAGACAGAGAGGAAAGAAAAUGAGAGGAAGAAAGGAGGAAGAGAGACAGAGAGGAAAGAAAAUGAGAGGAAGAAAGGAGGAAGAGACAAAGAGGAAAGAAAGUGAGAGGAAGAAAGGAGGAAGAGAGACAAAGAGGAAAGAAAGUGAGAGGAAGAAGGGAGGAAGAGAGACAAAGAGGAAAGAAAGUGAGAGGAAGAAAGGAGGAAGAGAGACAAAGAGGAAAGAAAGUGAGAGGAAGAAGGGAGGAAGAGAGAGACAGGAAAGAGUAAGAGAGAAAAGGGAGAGAGGAAGAAAGGAGAAAGAGACAGAGAGAGAAAGAAGGGAAGUUCAUAGAAUAUCGAACUAGAGAGAGAGAGAGAGAGAGAGAAAAAAUAUAGUGCUGGAAAUUGGUGCCAAAUUAGAGAAAAGUGAAAAUAGUCCUGCCAGUGUUAUAAACAUUUUUGCCAACAUUAGAAAGUGUUGUCAAAUAUUAAAAACAUUUCUGCCAACAUUAGCAAGUGUUGUCAGUAUUGAAGGCAGUGUUGCCAACAUUAAAAACAUUAGGAAG